CCGCAAACGCAAAAAAUCCGCUUCUGCUCGUCGACUGUACCGCCGUUUUGCUGAAUUGUUUUACAAUUUAAAAUUACUUGUAAUUGCACAAGUAUCACCCACCCGCAUACCUAGACCCACACACACACUAAAAAAACAAUCAGAAUGUCGAGCGUGCCAAAGCGACCAAAACUGGAUGGAGCCGCCGUUGACGGAUCUGCCGGCACAAAUGAGGAGGAGUCUGAGGCAUUGGAGUUAAUCGAUGCCUGCCAAAACGAGAUUGAUGCGCUAAACGAGAAGGCCAGCGAGGAAAUCCUCAAGGUGGAGCAGAAAUACAACAAACUCCGCAAGCCAUGCUAUGAGAAGAGGAGCGAGCUCGUAAAGAGGGUGCCAAACUUCUGGGUGACAUCGUUCAUCAACCACCCACAAGUAUCUGGCAUUCUGGACGAAGAGGAGGAGGAAUGCUUGCAUGCCCUAAGCAAGCUGGAGGUUGAGGAAUUCGAAGAUAUCAAAUCUGGCUAUCGUAUCAAUUUCCAUUUUGACGAGAACCCAUACUUUGAGAACAAGGUGCUCACCAAAGAGUUCCAUUUGAACUCAGCGGCUUCAGAGAACGGCUCGGACUGGCCCGCGUCGACUAGCACUCCUAUUAACUGGAAGGAGGGCAAGAAUCUGCUGAAACAGCUGCUGACGAAACCCUAUGGAAACAAGAAGAAACGCAAUUCCGAAUACAAGACCUUCUUUGAUUGGUUCUCGGAUAAUACCGAUCCCGUCAACGAUGAAAUUGCAGAGCUGAUAAAGGAUGAUCUUUGGCCAAAUCCACUGCAGUAUUACCUAGUACCUGAUAUUGAGGUGGAGCCAGAAGACGAGGAAGAUAACGACGACAACGAAGAGGAGACGUUCGACGAUGAAGACGGAGAAGAUGGCGAGGGUGAUGAUGACGAUGAAGAUGAAGAUGACAAGUAAACACUCCCUCCCCUUACACCAUGGAUAAACAGAAAGCCCAAAGUGUUGUUUUCCCCUCCACACACACACAACCCCUUUUACCAUUAAAUUUGAUUCUGUGUGAAUUCGUAGAGCCUACACCAGUCAACCAACCACUCCAGGGUUGAAGGCUAAAUCCAAGCAACCAUUUUUUUUAUUUCAAGGAAAAAUAUCCAACGCGUAUUUUCAGUGAAGAAAAGGAAGAAAAAUUAAAAGAAAUUUUAAAAUUACAAAUAAAAA